AUGGCAGCGCUACUACAGAUCCCCCGAGUCAUUGAAGGAUCUCCCCAAGAAGAUGUUGGUCUCCAUGUGCUAUGGUUGAAUGUGAAAACAAGAGAAACUGACCAUCUAAGUCGGGAAUACUACGAGCGCACGAACUCCUUGAUCUCCCAAUACCUCUACAUUGACCGAUUGCUGGACUCAUCUCUCCCUCACAAUUUAAUCGAGGAAUAUAAUGGGUGUCACCACCAUGACUCUGCAGGAAAUGGCUUCCACCAACCGCCUCCUUCAGACGGAAAUGAUGUCGACACAAUCAAUCCCAAGACGGGAAAGAUAAAACGCACCCCACAUAAUUUAUAUCGGAUCCCCGACGAGACGACUCCUUUGGUUGCAUCCGAAGAGAACAGCCCGGAAGGAUCUCUGCCAGAUUUGGAAUCACACAGAGGCCUGUCGCCAGAGGCAGAGGAGCGCAUCAUCAACUGGGCCAUUCGGAUCAACUUCGCCGCCAAUGUUCUUCUUCUUGGCUCCAAGAUCGCCAUCAUGGCAAUGACCAGCUCCAUGUCCAUGCUGGCCGGUCUUGUCGAUGGGGUCUUGGACUUCCUGAGUACUGUCAUCGUCUGGGUAACCACUAUCAUGAUUCGCCGACAAGAUCGCAACCGAUUCCCAAUCACGCGGCGACGCCUGGAACCUGUCAGCGUGCUCAUUUUCUCAGUGAUCAUGGUGACCUCUUUCUUUCAGGUGGGACUAUCGUCUAUGAAGCAACUUCUUGGGGAUGAUCGUACGGUCGUCGAGCUCUCAGUUCCAUCUCUUGCGCUGAUGGCUGGUACCGUAAUCGUCAAGUUGCUCUGCUGGAUCUGGUGUCGCCUGAUCCCUAGCCCCAGUGUGCAGGUCCUGGCCCAGGACGCCAUGACAGAUGUGAUCUUCAACAUCUUCAGCAUUAUCUUCCCGCUGAUUGGCACUUUUGCGAAUCUCUGGUUCUUGGAUCCUCUGGGUGGUCUAUUUCUCUCCAUCUACAUCAUGUGGAAUUGGGGUCAAACAGCCGCAGAAUACAUUCGCCGGUUGACCGGCGCAGCUGCCUCCCCCGAUGAUCACAGCAUUCUGCUUUACAUGACUAUGCGGUUCUCCCGGGUAAUCCUCAAGAUUCAAGACUUGAAGGCUUACUAUGCAAGCGACAAGCUUAAUGUCGAGGUUGACCUUGUUGUAGACGAUAGUAUGAGCCUGCGGGACAGUCACGAUGUCGGCGAAAGCCUGCAGUACAUCAUUGAGAGUGUGCCGACUGUUGAUCGCGCUUUUGUGCAUUUGGACUAUGACCCUUGGAACCUGCCUAGUCAUAUGAACCAGAUGGAUCGCUGA